AUGGCGAUCCAGAAGAAGCACGGAAAAGGUCGUUUAGAUAAGUGGUAUCGAUUGGCGAAGGAGAAGGGAUACCGCGCGCGAGCUGCCUUCAAAUUGAUCCAGCUGAACAAGAAAUAUGGCUUUCUUGAGAAAAGUAAAGUCCUUUUGGAUCUUUGCGCAGCCCCAGGUUCAUGGUGUCAAGUUGCAGCCGAAUGCAUGCCAUCGCAGAGUCUUAUAGUCGGUGUUGAUCUCUCCCCUAUCAAGGCAAUCCCCAAGGUCAUCACAUUCCAAAGCGACAUCACAACCGAUAAGUGCAGGGCCACAAUUCGACAACAUUUCAAGACAUGGAAGGCAGAUACGGUACUUCACGAUGGUGCGCCGAACGUCGGUACGGCCUGGGUACAAGAUGCUUUCUCCCAGGCGGAAUUGGUUCUACAGUCAUUGAAGUUAGCAACAGAGUUCCUGGUACCAGGAGGCACAUUCGUUACGAAAGUUUUCAGAUCGAAAGAUUACAAUCCUCUUCUCUGGGUCUUCAAACAGCUCUUCACCACGGUGGAGGCCACGAAACCACCAUCUUCUCGAAAUGUGUCGGCUGAAAUUUUCGUUGUCUGCCUUGGAUUUAAAGCCCCUAAGCAUAUCGACCCCAAGUUUCUAGACCCCAAGCAUGUCUUUGCGGAACUGCAAGAUCCAAAUCCGAACAACGAGGCCAAAGUUUUCAAUCCAGAAAAGAAGAAGCGAAAGCGAGAUGGAUACGAAGAAAAUGAUUGGACCCAGCACAAGGAAUUACCAGCAACGGAGUUCAUAAACACCAUAGAUCCUAUUUCAAUUUUGGGUUCCUAUAACAAGCUCACAUUUACUCAAUCUCCCGGUGGCGACCUUGCCCUUGCUACUUUGCAACGGUUACCAGAGACAACCGAUGAAGUGCGGAUGUGCUGCGAGGAUCUCAAGGUUCUAGGCAAAAAGGACUUCCGACAAUUACUACGAUGGAGAAUCAAAGUGCGCGAGAAAUUCGGGCUAGCGGUGAAAAAGGGCCCAAGGAAUGAUGAGGAAACUGAAGAAGUUGCCGAAGUUGAGCCCAUGGACGAAGAACUUGCCCUUCAAGAAGACCUUAAGCGCAUGCAUGAGCGUGAGUCUUCAAAGAACAAGCGUGAGCGACGAAAAGAGAACGAGCGGAAACGAAAGGACAUUGUCAGGUUGCAGAUGAAUAUGACAACGCCAAAAGAAAUCGGAAUGGAGCAGGCUGGUCCACUGGGUGAGGGAGCAAUGUUCAAAUUACAAACAGCAGAGAAAUUACCAGCUGCACGCUCGGUAUCUGCUAGUAGUAUGGCCGCUGCGAUAGAAAGUAGUAGUGAAGAGGAAGAAGAUUCCGGUGAAGAGGACUCAGAUGAAGAUGCUGACCGAUUAGAACGUCAACUCGAUACCCUGUACUCUCAAUACCAAGAGGCACGCGAAAGUCGAGACGCCAAAGUACGAGCCAAAAAAUCACGCAAGGAUUAUGAAACAGAAGAAUGGGAAGGCUUUUCUGAAAAGGAGGAAGGAGAGGAAUCAGAUAAUGAAUCUCCUCAAACGUUCCCAAUAGCGCCUGUGGGAGAUCAUGUAAAUGGUCUCUCUAAUAAGGCUGCUAUGUUUUUCGACCAAGAUAUAUUCCGUGAUCUUGGAGCCGUUGAGGAUGGAGAAGCAAGCGAUGAUGCCAAUGCCACGAAGACAAAUGGAGUGACCAAGGGGCAAUCUGCUACUGCUGAAAAGCAAGCUACAAAAAAGAGUCGAAAAGCUGCUUCACCCUCUCCGUCUACAGCCAGUGACUCCAGCUACCAGGAGGUUAUGCUAGAGAAGCCAGAGAACUUCGACGAUGACGACAAUCCCCGGUUAAACGACGAUCCACGGAAGAAAAACGGUCAACUUGACGUCGAUAUAAUAACAGCUGAAGCCAUGGCCUUGGCCCAUCAAAUGGCCAAGGGCGAGAAAACAACCGAGGACUUUGUUGACGAUGGUUUCCAUAGAUAUUCAUUCCGCGAUGUUGAUGGUCUUCCGCAGUGGUUCCUUGAUGACGAGAAUCAACAUUCGAAAUUACAAAGGCCAAUAACUGCCGCAGCAGCGGCAGCAAUCAAAGAGAAGAUGCGCGCCAUCAAUGCCCGGCCGAUCAAGAAGGUCCGUGAAGCUAAGAGCAGAAAGAAAUUCAAACAAGCUCAGAAGCUGGAAAAAUUACGCAAGAAGUCUUCACUGUUAGCUGAGGAUGAGGGCAUCAGUGAAAGAGAUAAGGCCCAAUCAAUUGCUAAAAUGAUAAGCAAGGCUACCAAGAAAAAGCCAAAGCAGAGCGUCAAGCUUGUGGUGGCUAAGGGAGGAAAUAAGGGUAUUUCUGGUCGCCCUAGAGGAGUCAAGGGACGAUACAAGAUUGUUGAUGCUCGAAUGAAAAAGGAUAUCAGAGCGGAAAAGAGGUUGGCGAAGAAAAAGAGUAAAUGA